UUUCCAAUGCUUUAAUAAGUGACUGUCAAGGAAGCUGAGCAGGAAUCUGUACUUGAACAGUACAGAGAAAUAGAACUGAGAAAUGGGGAGCACAAUGAAAAAGAUUAUCGUUUUUGCUGUUAUCAUUAAAGGGAUACUAGGUGCUCCAUUUUUUGCAGAGGAAGCUACAAAUCAGUUCUUAAGGCUUAAAAGGCAAGCAUUCUCACAGCAUUUAUGGGAACCAAAUAAUGUGGAGAAUUCAUUGAUGUCUUCAAUAAAUGAACAGGCAUCCCAGAUACUGAAUACAUGGAGAAAUUCUGCCCAAUAUUAUGUAGAUGUAAUAAAAGAUGUGAUGAACCCCAGCUCAUAUGCAAUCAGGAGCCAAGUCAAAGAUUACAUGAAUUUUUGGUGGAAAGAGCAAAAUUAGUCCUGCAAAGUAAUAUUUACAACACAAAUAUAUAAAUUAUUCCAUUUGUAAUGUGCUGGAUUUCUGUUGAGCUGUACUAAAUAAAAUCAUUUUUUUGUCGUA